GACUGGUAGUUUAAAUCAUUCAACUGUAACCUUACAGACAGUCUUCUCCUCAGCGACAGCACUACUAUGUUGGAUUUGGGAGCUGCAAAGAAGCAGGCGGCUGUCUGUGUAGAGGUGUUUGGCAUUUGGCAAUGGACUAUUGAAUAAGAGAGCGAGAGAGGGGAGAGACCUUGUAGCUUGAUAGAAACGGGGGACCGUAGCAACCGUGCCAUGGAAGGGUCAUACAACGCAAAGAAAGUGCUUCCUCAGCGGCCAGGAUUUCGUCACCAUAGAAAAGAGAACUAUGUGUGCCGCGACGCCCUGUCCUGGCAGUCUACAGAGUGUAGUGAGGUCCAGGAGGUGAGCCAGUCCCAGCUGCAGCAGCCCAGGGGGAAGCUGAACUGCUCCACGGUGGAGACUCCCAGUCACCACGACCUGCACCGCGAACUGUUGGUCAGCACCAAACGAGGUCUGUUGCCAGGAGAGAAGCCUGAGCUGAAGCGAGUCCUGGAACAGAGGAGGCUGGAGCAGCACAGAGAGCAGGAACUGGCUCUACGGCCUCCUCUGGAACUGGAGACUGAGCUACGCAAGAGACAGCAGAUACUGCUGGAGUAUGAGCAGGAGGAGAUCAGGCGCCGAGAGGAGCAGGAGAGAGAAGUCCCUGAGUUUGUACGAGUGAAGGACAACCUGAGGCGCACACAGAUGUCUGGGCAAUGACGACCACUUGACGUUCCGUCCUGUCCCAUCAGCCCCCGCAGCCUCUCACCACGGAGGCCCUGGCUGCGCACCGUUUCUUCACCCAAGAGUCCAAAGGGUGCACUUGUUCACCUCCCUCACCACAAUGGUUCUGCCAUUGCAAUGAAUCCAUCCUCCUGUUUCUCCCUCCACCAGCCUCCACUGCGAUCCAUAUCCUACAGCUAUAUGAUGAGGACCAACUUCACUGCAGCAAGUUAUUGAAAAGUCUACUCCUAGGACUGAUAUGCAUCUCUUGCUGGACUGUUAUACUGUGUGGAAAAAGGCAAAUAAGCAAUGUAGGAAAACCAGUCAGUAGGUUUCAUAUAAAGAAUGUGAGUGAAAAUACAUAAACUCAGCAAAAAAAGAAACGUCCUCUCACUGUCAACUGCGUUUAUUUUCAGCAAACUUAACAUGUGUAAAUAUUUGUAUGAACAUAAGAUUCAACAACUGAGACAAACUGAAAAAGUUCCACAUACAUGUGACUAACAGAAAUGAAAUAAUGUGUCCCUAAACAAAGGGGGGGGGGUAAAAAUUGAAAGUAACAGUCACUAUCUGGUGUGGCCACCAGCUGCAUUAAGUACUGCAGUGUAUCUCCUCCUCAUGGACUGCACCAGAUUUGCCAGUUCUUGCUGUGAGAUGUUACCCCACUCUUCCACCAAGGCACCUGCAAGUUCCCAUACAUUUCUGGGGGGA